AUGGCGUUGGGCGAGCAAAUCAAAAAUGUGAGAGUUGGAGUAGAGCUGGUCGCGCCGCGCAACGAUGGAUCUCGACUUGUCGUUUCCACUCGCGAAACUGAUCGAGCUUCUGCAGAUGACCUGGUUGCUCUGGCGCAGCAGUUAUCAUCCGCCCGUGAGUUAGUGAAAGGCCGAGCUUGCGAUCGUCUGAGAAAUAUCGCAGAGCAAAUGGAGCAGUUACAGAAGGCUGCACUCAAGGUGUUAGAAGAGGCAAAACGGGAUGAGGAGUUGCACAGCGUGGCGUGCAAUAUGCAGAAGCAGCCCGGGCGUAUAUAUCACCUCUACCAACGAAAAGAUGGCUACAGAUAUUUUUCUCUCCUAUGCCCAGACGAAUGGGGAAAGGAAGAGAAAAGAAAAGAGUACGUGGCUUCAUAUCGCUUAGAACCUGAUCGGAGUUGGACUCCAACGGCAGACAUAGUUAAGCGGGAUCUACAAUUUCGCAGCUUGGACGAGUUUCUCAAGCGACCCAUGUUCAAAAUCGAAUGA